AACAAAGUCAAGAUUACUCUGAGAUUCUAACACCAUGUUCCAAUCACAGAGUAUGAAGGAACACGAUUUUUGUGUUCGACUGUUGUCAUCACCUUGAUCGCUCAAACGAUUCAAUGACAAGAUCUGAUUGAAGAGGAUGCAUGCGUUUUUCCCAAGCUAGCCAUCGUAGUGUCUGUCUUCCCGUUGGUCUUCAUGUAGCUAGAUUCGCAGUCUCCCAGUACAAGUGUACAUCCUGUUUUUGCACAACUCAGAGCUCGUCACAUCUGAGAAAUCUGCUACAUCAUGCAUUCUAUGACAUUUUGCUUUCACAUCGCGCGAUCUUUGCUAAGAACUUGAUUUCAGAUACUCGCUGGUUCGCUCGUCAGACGCAAGGUCCGCUGCCCGCUGCUGCGCUCAUCGACGACGACGUUGUUGCGUUCAAAGAGAGGCAGAGCAGAAGAAGAGAGGCCGUGCAAGAGCUCCGACAUCUUUGAUUUUCUUCUUCCCAGCCAGCGUCGGAAGGCACACGAGAUACUCGCUGGUUCGCUCGUCAGACGCAAGGUCGCUGCCCGCUGCUGCGCUCCAGUCGACGACGACGUUGCUGCGUUCAAAGAGAGGCAGAGCAGAAGAAGAGAGGCCGUGCAAGAGCUCCGACAUCUUUGAUUUUCUUCUUCCCAGCCAGCGUCAGAAGGCACACGAGUGCAAGAAGUCUCAUGCCCAGCAGACACUACGACGGGAAGAGAAGUUUUCUUCGGGAGAGCCGGCUUUCGGAUCGAGGAGAGUGCUCCCUGUAGGCCCGGUUACAUUUCGCUCGCGCAUGCCAAGCAGCAAACGUUUCUUAAUCUCUGAGAGUGGAGGAGAGAAAGGAAGGUGCAGGUGCGUCCAUCUUCAGUCACGCUGCUGAACUGGCGACACGGGAAAUGGACUCCGCACACGAGGAACCGGAGCUUCCCUCCGCCAUCCAGGACCUUGUACAGCGUCUGGAAGGACAAGGCGAGCCUAUAACGGAGCUUCCCUAUUUAACCAACCCAGAGUUUCGGGAGUUCUUUCCGCUGAAGAAAGCACUCUCUAGAGUCAUAGGGUGGCGAAGCCAAGUGCGUCUUCGAGUGCUGGAGGCAAUCGGCAGCUGCAACACCUUUGAGAUUCUGAACAUGGGCAAUAUUUGUGGGCUAUAUUUCUCGAGGUUGACGGCAAGCGAGUGGGAGGUAGUUCUCAGCGGUUUCAGGUCUAGCACUGUUCUUAAAAAGAUACGAGUUGAUUCGUUAUACCAUUCAGAUGAUGCGGAAAUGGAGAGCUUCUGUUUCCAGCUUGGGAGAAUUCUGAAUUCCUCUAGCGUAACAGAGUUAGAACUGGGUGGGAGAUUGAGUGCCAGAUGUCUCUCGAAUCUCGCCUCAGGUCUGCGAGGACGUUCCGAUUCUAAACUCAAGUCUUUAGAUUUAGGGGUAACGUGGGAGGACUCGAGUGCGGUGAAGUAUGUGGCUGACAUGAUCAAUAGUGCUCCUCUAUUAGAAACGUUGCGUUUAGGCGGCAAUUUUGAGGACAUGGAGGCGAGACCGUUGGACGAGACCGUUGGAAUCCUGUCCCAGGCUUUGAUCCAGAGCUCGUCUCUGAAAGAAUUGACCUUAACCACGGGGGAUUGGACCGUAAAAGGCAGGGGGAAGUGGGCAUGGCCCUUGUUGCUGAAAGCAUUGACCGGAGAUGAUCGCAACCGAUCCAUUGAACGUCUUCGGCUAACGCGUAUGGAAGGACUCGGAGACUGUUUAAGGGAACUUCUUAUUUCCAACCCAUCAUUGAAGGAAGUGACGUUGGAAUUCUUGAAGAUGAGGAGUCCUGAGCAAUGGCACCAGCUCGGCGAAGCCAUACGUGACAAUGCCAAUGCCAUAGCGACAACUAUACUUGUUAGGUUUCGUGGUGAAGAAUGGAAGUCAAUAGAAGCUCUUGCUCGUUCUGCUAGCUCCGAAGUCAACGACCCCACUCUGGAGAUUACACUCCAUGUUGUGAGUGAAGAUGAAGUGAUGUUAUCAUUAAACCUAUUAGGUAGGGUACUGCGAGGGGAAAUCACAUCUCUGAAAUCUCUGAGUAUAUCUCGAGACGAAGAUGAUAGAAAGAUUAUCACGUUCAGUAUACCCCCUAUGAAUGGAAAAAGUGGAGAAACUUCAGUCCUGAAGAGACUGGAAUUAUCUGUCCGAAGCGAAGAUAUUUCGAAGGGAGUAUGGGAGGACCUGCUUCGGUGCAUGCGAGGGAACCACCUCACUCACUUGGAUUUGUCAGACUCCGAAGUCGACGAGAAGGCGUUCAGGGACGUGAUGGGGGUACUGCAAGUUAACUUGGCUCUCCAAGAAAUCGACGUCUCACGAACAUCAUGGGCAACGGACGGAAAGGCGGCGCAGAUUCAAGAGGCCCUGAAGCAGAAUCAAAAGCGAGCCGUCUACAUGUCAGUGUUCCGAGAAGCCAAGUUAACAUUUGGAGAUGCAAAAGCUGGUCGACUCUUCUUAUGCGGCUCUCCUAGAGCAGGAAAAACUCAAUUGCGUAAAACCCUGAUGAGGAUCAAUCAUAGUUGGCUACACAGAAGCAGUCUAUACAAUAAAUGGGACGUAUUGUGGAGGACCAAAGGCAUCGAAGUGGAGUAUUUGCAAAAUAAUGACAAAAUGCAAAUCUCAAUUUGGGAUCUGGCGGGACAAUGGAUUUUUCGUACCCUUCAGAAUGUGCUCUUUCCUCAAACCAACAAUUUUUGUGUUUUUCUUUUUGUGUAUAGCCCUUUCUGUGAGGAAACAUCUAAAAACAAACCAGACUCUUGUUUCAAAACUGAGCUAGAGGAUUGGUUAAGCUUCAUCACAUCCAGCGUUAAGAUCACGGGACGUGAUCUUCCCCAAGUUUUUGUUGUCAUUUCACACAAAGAUAAAGCCACAUACAGCUCUGUGAGUUGGACUCAGUCCAUAAUUGAAGAACUCACCCAAAGAUUUGCAAAUUUUGUGAAUCUUCUUCCUGUUCAAGAGUGUUUUCACGUGGAUUCUAGGAAGAAAAAACAAAUUAUUCCUCUCAACAGUCACAUUUUUGAGAAUUUUAACAAGUUGUUGAGUGAAAAAUCUCCACAGGUUCCUCUUUUGUGUUCUCAACUCACCUUCCUCUUAGUUACAAAAACCAAGAAGAAUAGAAGUUUCCCUCUGUGGUCAUCCAAAAAAUUUCAUGAUUUCUGUGCUCCCAGUUUCACACAAUUUGUUCCAUCAUCUCAUGCUCACUCUGUUGAUCAUUCAAGUAUAAUGAAGUCCAUCAUAUCCUACUUGAAUGAUGUUGGAUCUAUAGUAUACAUUCCUAAUGUUAAGUAUAUCAUUGUAGAUCCCAACUGGCUCACCAAUACCUUCCUGGGUGAGCUGAUAGCUUUGGGUCAAAAUUUUCAAGCUCAAGAGUCAGAGCCUUCUAAUAGAACAAGUUCAUAUGCAAGCAAGGACGGAUUUGUGAGUGAGAGUGUUUUUGCUCGGUUGAUAGAAGAAUUUUUGAGAAACCAACCCCAUGGACAGAGAGGUGUGGGAAGAGUGGAGCUUGAAAACAUCCUUGUCAAUUUAGAUUUGUGUUUCAAGCUCGAAGAUAGUUCUCAGUAUUUCAUUCCUUCCUUCAUCCCUGAGCAUGCAAGCAAGGAAGAACAGGAUCAUCAAGAAGCGGGGCACGUGAAGUCGAUGUAUUGGGAAAAUAGAAGUGAGACUUCACAAUUUGUCGGCAUUCGGAUUGAAUGCCAAGACGGAAGAACAAUGUCAUUGAGGGCUGCGUUUUUUCCACGCUUCCAGGUGAGGUUGAAUUAUGCUUUCACACACACACAGAUAAAUCGUUGUAAGUGUCAACUUUUGUUUGUAAUUAGUGUAUGAUGAAGCAAAUGUUUCCUUUUUAUUAACUGCGACAAAUAAUUUGAAUGUCCCACUAGAGAUUUACCAAAUUUUGUAUGAUUGUAGAUGUUCAUGAGACGCAAGUUGAAAUCCGAGAUGCAUGUUUCCGAGGAGAAUAUUACCUGCUCUCGACAUUAUCUGCGACUUUUCCUUGACGGGCAUGAGAUAUAUAUCGAGCAUGUUCAGAGUGAAAAGUCCCACAAAUACGUAGAUAUUUUGAUGUUAUGCUCGAGGCAUAAGUCAAGGGAGGUGGCUACUAAAUAUGUGAUGAGGCAUAUUGUCCAGGAGUUGAUAUCAUUUUGCGCAUCACCAAAAGGCUGUCCCGGGGUGGCAUUAGUGCUAGGUGUGAUCCAAACAUUUUGUGUGGAGAUGCUGAUUCCAAGUCAUCUUAGAGGAGCCAUUUUGAUCGAGAAGCUAAAAUCGGAAUUCAUUUGUAGCAUCAAUAACAAACUUGAGGAAAUGCCGUUGGAAAGGUUGCACUUGAUGGAGAAGGAAGAGUUGUUCGACUAUGAGCACUGUUGGCCCCGGAUAGAAGGGCACAUUGGCGGAAGAUCCGAACUGGUUAGAGAUUUGUUGUGGGAGAGCGAUGUGGAAGCAGUUGUGAACGAGAUUCGACAGAAACGAAUUGAAGAAUUGAAGUCAUUGCAGGAAUGUCUAAUUAGCGUGGACAAUGAUUUGGCUCAGUGUUAUCCUGAAGCUGAAAACAUGGUUAGCGACUUGAAUUUCCCCCCAAUGAAGGACCCCAAACCACUCACAUCCAGGUGCUUGAGUCGUGCCAGCACAAGUGUGGAGAAUCCAAGUGUGGAGACCCAACUUGUUUUGUUCAAGAUUGACCAGGUACUACAAAAGGUUGAUGGUUUGGACGAGAAGUUGAGAUCAGUGCAGAGCAUUUUGCAGAGAAUGGAGAUGAAAAUGGGACAAAUACUCUCUUUGCAUCAAGAACUGCAGUCAACGCUGAGUGCAUUUGUGUCUAAAGUGGACAGGAUAAUUCAGUAUUCUGAUUCGCUUCAGCAGGCCAAAAUGCCCAAGCGACCUUACGUUACAAACGAUGUUGGUCUCUUCUAUAGAAUGAGUGCGCUUCUGCAUAAUGGGACAACCGUCCGCUUACAAUUGAUGUGUGAGUCAGUGACUGGGUUUCACACUGUCAAAGAUCAAGAAGGUUUGAAGAUACGCUUGGAUCAGGGGAAUAGCUUGUGGAUUCGGAAAACUAUCGAAAUCUCAUACAAAGUCAUGUAUUAUGCUCUCAAGGCUGGACUGGAUAAGACAGUCGGUUUGGGCCAAGCGAUUCCGGACUGGGGAGAUUUAAAAUCUGAUAUUGUUCAACUAGAAGAUAUUAGUGAUGAUGAUCAUAGGGCAUUUCUCAAAGGUGGGGAAAGCAAGGAGCUGCAAGAAGCAUGGUUGAGGAUUCAGCAAACUCUUGCGCCUCAGCUUCAAAAUCGUUAUUCCGAAAUCUUCAAGUUGUAUCAGGUGAAAUACGUCAAUUUAGAUAAAGGUGGGCAUGCAUGGGUGUGCGAGAAGUGCAUGAAUAAAGGCCUUCGUUGUGGAAUUUUGACAUGUUAGGAUUUUGAAGAGGUUAGAAUGUCACUAUGCAAUUGACAAGCAUAUGUUUAGACCAUCAUGCAAUAUACAACUCUGCAAAUUCUUCCUUGCAGUUUUCAC